CCAUUGGAUGUUUUACUGCUUCGCCGUUAAUAAUUAAUUUAUGUACUGUAUUUCUUUGCUCUUUUGCUUUUUAGCUAGUACUGUAGUGCUUACUGCUUAUGCUGAGUUAUGUGCCUUAUGGUUAGUCUGAGUUAAUAGUAUUAAAUGAGCAACAUGCCGCUCUAUCUGCAGUUUCCUUGUGCCCUGAAUUAACUUCAUCAGUAAACAUUAACUGCAUAUAGCCACUUAGGAAGGAGGACUAUAAUAAUAUGUUCGAAAACGAUCUUGUAUGGUGUUAUGGCGCCGUGGACGUACAGGAUGACGAUGGAUCAUUCCGUCACGGCCUGAUAGUUGAUGUGGACGUAGCGAGAGGUUGUUUCAUUGAUUUUGGAUAUCCCGGCCACCAUACUGAGCUAAUCCCUUUUCAUCGAUGCUUUGGGAGAAUUUCUCAUUACCUUUUCGCCCCGGGCGACACGGUACAAAUUUUGUGGCGGGGCUCAAACAGCGAGGCAUUUCGCUGGUACCCGGCCACCGUUAUCGCAGGAUCGUAUUAUACUUUCGCUUUUGUCGAGGCUCAAAGGCACGGCAAAAUUGUGAGGGAAGUGGCAAGACGCAUGUGGAUCAUGCCUUCUGGAGAACGACCAUCUUUCGAGCUAAACAGUUACAAGCGACUUAGUAUGCCGCUGAGUUGGAUAACUGCAGUUCUUGCCAAGGCGCGCAGCAAGCAAGACUUCUGGUGGUGGAAUCGUGAGCAUGGGCACAGUUUCAACACAAUAUUCGUAAAGGUUGAAAGCAGAAAGCUUCUCUAUAUUGCACAGGGGGAUGAAUCACGUCGGUGGAACUUUUGGGGAUUGGUCGAAGUAUUUCGGAUAAUGGCUAAGCGGACAACAACCUAUGAACUGCGUAAUGGGAAGAGGUAUUUAGAAAGAGAACGCGACAAGCCCAUUGCGUUCAGAUCCUUUCUGGCUACCAUAUCCACAGCACUGUAUCAGCAUCAACCGUGUAUAAAUACUUGUAUUCCAGUGGAAGCCUUCCAUCGGAUAUUUUCCUUUCUGGAAUUUCAGGACGAACUGAAUUCAUCAACCGUGUAUAAAUACUUGUAUUCCAGUGGAAGUCUUCCAUCGGAUAUUUUCCUUUCUGGAAUUUCAGGACGAACUGAAUUCAUCAACCGUGUAUAAAUACUUGUAUUCCAGUGGAAGUCUUCCAUCGGAUAUUUUCCUUUCUGGAAUUUCAGGACGAACUGAAUUGUCGUAAAGUGUGUAAAUUCUGGCGCAUCAUUUUAACAACCGCUCCCGCUGGUUUGCGGAUGGAAUUUAAUCUGCAGAAAUAUGGGAAUGACCAGCUGGCUUUAGCUUUUGACGAAAAUAUUAACCGAUUUACAAAAACAAUUAUACUAUCGGGUAGUGGCUGGCACUCUUCCCGCUCCAGCUUUUGUUGGGCCUUAUUACCGCAGGUUUUGGACACCGCAAUAUCUGGACUUACGUACUAACAUUUUUUUAAGCAAGUGUGUCAUCAACACAAAUCAAAACGAGCAAAUGCAAUCUGCAAGGCAGUUUCUGGAAAAUAAUUGUCAACCGAUGACCGACGAAGGCAUUCGAACGUUGCAAAGCCAACUAGACGCUCAUCCUGUACCAAAAAGGAUCUUGAUACAAUUACUGACGCAGUGGCAAGCAGGAGAUGCACGAUUCACUGGCAAAAUGGAUGACCCGUUAGCUCAGGUACCAUGCCAUUCCCUGCGAAACUUAACUUUGUUUGCAUUGAUGUGGUACUUGGACAGCCGCUCUGAAAAAAAUCUUCUCCAUCAGUACUGAAGAAUGACCUUGUAAACUUGGGGAGCACGUCAAAUCUUUAACCUCCGUUUUCCUUCCAAACAAUUUGCUGACCGGUAUACUGCUACCUGCUAACAUGUGAAUAACACAAACUGCUGACCGACAGAGUACUGACCGGCAUUUCGCUUUUCGACGAUUUUAUUGCCCGACGUUUUCCAGGAAUUAUUUUUUACCGAUCCCUUGUUUUCGGUCUGGUUUCUAGGUCCCUUAUCCUUUUUAGGGAUAUUUUCUUCUGUUCCUUGGCAUUUUGGGUGUUUUUUUGUUUUCUGAUGUUCUCUUGUGCGUCUUGUAAUAAUGAAAAUUUAUUGUCCUUGCAACGAGAAAAAUAUCACGUUCGAAACGUCGGAAGCCAAUCGCGGGAAACUGUCGGCGGAAGUCCGCGGACCCAGUGGACUGAUCCCCGUCAAGGUGGAGAACGUGGGCAAGGACCGGGUCAAAGUCAGCUUCACCGCGAUUGCCGAAGGUCAUCACGAUAUCCACGUGUGGUGGUCGGAGCAGCCCAUCCCGCACUCUCCGUUCCCGGGCUGGGCCGAACCGGCCCUCAUCCCCAUCGACGCCGGCCGCGUGCGGUUGCGCGGUCGCGGCCUGACCGAGGCCAAAGUGCGCGAGGAAGCCGAGUUCAUCAUCGACGGCUCGGAGGCCGGACCCGGCGAGCCGGAAGUCCACAUCAGCGGCAUCAAAGCCGACAUCCCGGUAACCCUGCAGCAUCUGGGCAGCAGCGUGUACAAGGCGACGUACACGGCGCAGCACAGCGGCUCCUACGUUCUCAACGUCAAAUGGAGCGGGGACACGGUCAAAGGGUGCCCGUACAAACUGACGGUGGCGUCCGCCGGGGAUGCCAGUAAGGUGGUGGUCAGUGGAGAUAUCAAGAGCGGAAUGAUCGGCAAGGAUAUCAAGAGUAUGAUCGAUACGCGCCGCGCUGGACCAGGUACGUCCGAAAUGAUAACUGGCCUGCACACCGUGACUUACACCCGGGCCGUACACGCGCACCUUGCUGGGAUCGGGUGUACCGGCGAUUUUAAUGGCAAACGGACUUCUUGCAGUUAGCCACAGUUAAUUAUCACAACAAUUCGCAAUAUACAUAAGUCAGACGACGGAAUUCGUCGUUUACAGCGUACCGGGCACGUGUUCUCCGUUGUAUUGAUGGUGAGCAAAUGUUGACCGGCUUCGGCUGGUUUGAUUCGCAGUGUGUACGUUCCGUCCCGGUGGUCAUACAGCUCACAGAACGCCUCUUUAUGCGGACCCAUACAGUGUACGGACAGUUCGCCUGCAGAAUUACGUAUUACAUAAUAAUUAUAUAUCUACGUCGCCUCCCCGCCUCCGCCGGCGGCUACCUCCUAUUCGCAGUGGCGUCGUGGAUCCGCCGAUAUCUGAGACGAAUGAAAGAGAGAUUGCAGAGAGAUUUUAUGUUGUUUUGUGACGCGCGCGCCAUGCUUUUCAAAUGGAUCUUUUCUUCCCCCGUCGGCGGUGUGUUAUAGACUGUGGUGUGUGCCCCUUCUCCCUGUUAUUAUCUUUUUGUUGAGCGCUGGCUUGAUUUGUGGUUCAAAGUUUAGAAUUAUUAUUUCGCAAAGUUCCUGCUUAUCCAGUUAAAUUGAGUUAAUCCCCGAUUUUCGCCUGCAGUUUGGAGUUGUAAUCUUGUUUUUAUCCGGUGGUGUGCGCGCUGUACCCGGCUGUUCUGAGUUCAGACCCGAAAAUAUUUCUAACAGUUAGUAACUGAUAACGUGUAAACCGGUAUCACGUGUAUAUUUUUAAAAAUACCAGGUAUCUCCAUUAUAAACUCGAACACAAGUACAGUUUGCUAAUUUCUCAUCCGGAUGACCUUUUUUCGCCAAGCUUCGUAUGCCGUAAAAACCAUAUUCAUAAUCAGGCAUGUCAGAGACCGCUCACUCGAGGCGGUAGACACCUCUUGUGGCUUGCUCUGUCGCCCGCACGCGUAUGGCCACGCCAUCCGUGCCGCUCAUAUACGCUGAUAACUCAGCGUAUACUUUGUCUACGCUGACCAAUCAGCGUUCGCUAUGCACUUUGGAGGUGUGGCCCAGCGCUUACGAGCGAUUCCAUGCUUUGCGGUACCAGCUGUGAUUCAGCUGCUGCAUGCCGCGGGAUUAUCACGAUUUCCACCGAGCUCGCUGGCAGCCACUUUCACCACAGCUUUUACCACAUCGGGUUUUUCUGUGUUGUUUUUGUUGGUUGCUUUAUUGUUACACAAUAAAGGAGGAUAUUUGCUCCCAUUUUGCUCUCUGCUUCUGUGUCAUAUCUGACAGGCAGGUGCCUGUUUUCCGUUAAAAAGCAGACCAUCCGCUUGAAGUAAAAACUGUUUAUUUUAAUUGAUUCCUUGUACGAUUUUGUAAAGAUUAAUACCCUAAGCAAACCAUUAAGAAUAUCUCGCAAAGAAGCUUCUGGUUUCCACUGUUCUACGAUUUCCCUUGUUAUGCAAAAUAUUAUGGUGAAGGCUCCGCAUACCACCUUUAUACCACCGUUGGCUCCUAGUACCACCUUUCAUACCACCUUUUGCGCACCACUUUUGACUCCGCAUACCACCAUUUAAUUUUUUAAAAUUUAAUUUUUAAUUUAGUUUAAUUUUUUAACCUCCAGAAACGAGAUCCAAAUCUUUCCAUGUACCGACUGGAAAAAGAUAUAUAUGUAGCAACUAGCAAGUUGAAGGCAUUCAGUAUCGCAACCGACGCCAUGGAAAAACAGUACGAACACACAUCGGAAGUACUGUUUGUAUGUGCUGUUUGUAUUCGUACUGUUCGUAUGGAAGCGUGUGUCAGUAAUGUCCGCACAAAACGUUACGUUGCGAACAUCAUACAUCGAACACGGUAUCCGAAAAUGGCUAGUAUAAUAUUGUGAAAAGAUCAGGAUUUAGUUUUAUAACCU